AUGAUUAAUCCGAUUCAACAAUCUCUGCAGAAUAAAUUUAAUUUUAUAAUCAAGUUUAGUGAUCAUUUGUCAAUGAUUAUAUACAUUGUGGGGAGAUUUGAGGAAGCAUUGAAAUAUUUUGAUGUAGUUAUUUAGAAAGAUCCUAAAGUUUCAGAAAAUUAUAAUAAUGAAGGUAUAAUCAAAAUUAAAUUUGUUUAGCUAUGACUUUAGAUAAAAUUUAUAGAUUUGAAGAAGCGGUAAAAUAUUAUGAUGCAGCUAUUCAAAAAGACCCUGAAGUUUCAGACUGUUGUAAGUUUUUUUUCUAAUAUUAUUUUAUUAUCACCAAUUAGCAAUUUAUUCAUUAUUUUAGAACAAUCUAAUAACAAUAAAGUAUAACUAAGAAAUAUAUGAAAUUAAUAUUUUAUAUUAAAAUAUAUAAAAAUAUUUUUAAUCUAAAGAUUAUUAAGAAUCUUCAAAUUAUACUUGAUUUGGAUAAUUAUUUGAUUGGAAAAUUAAGAAUUUAUAACUAUUUCAUAUCCCUCAAAUAUAUGUCAUCUAGCAUGUUAGUGCAUAAUAAACAAAAAAGCCAUUUUUUAAUGUUAUCUCUUUAAAAUCUCAUCAUUUAUUUUCUGAACAUUCAAUUAUCCUAAAAAUUAAUCAUAAUGUUAAAACCUAUAGAUUUUAGGAUUUAUAGUAUUUUAUUGAUUCUUUUGGUUUGCAAAUUUCCAAUUCCAUUUAAAUUAGACAGAAUUUAUUGUUUUAUUAAUGCAAUCAAUUUCAAAUUAUUUUUUAGUGGUUUUUUGGCUUCAAUAUUCAAAUCGAAAUUGUAUAAUUGA